UAUACAAUUGUCUGCGUCUUUCGAAAUAAAAAACACUAAAAAUUUUUGAAAUUGUUUGGAUAAAUUUUUCUAUGGUAUUUUUGACAAAUUAUUGGCAAAAACCUCUUCGAUGAGUCAAAAUUGCUCCGAAUCCAGCUAAUAAUCGGGACUUCCUCGAAUCACACGUUCAACAGUCACUCGAGAGUAGGAAAUUCCCGUUUGGGUUAGGCUUUUCCCCUGAAACAGAUCCUACACUAAACUCGUACGAAAUACGUAUGUUUUUGACACGAUCAGCGGGAAACAAUAGCUACCGUAAAAUCCCAAAAAUUUCAUAAUUUAUGACAAGUAAUUCCGAGCCGAUUAGAUUACUGGGCGCCUGUAUAAAGCUCUGAUUGUUCAACUGAUCAGAAGUUUUUUUCCGGGUAAUCUAAUUUGCAGUAUAAUUAGUUUUUUUGCUAAUUGAUUGAAGAGUUGCAGCGAGACAAUUCUCAGAGAUCGCCUCGAACAAAACCACGGUAAAGCACAUAUUCUCCAGUGCAGAUAGAUGCCUUUUCCCCAUUCAAAAAUCGAGCCUGAGGUACAUGCCAAUUUAGUUCCAAAUUAUUUCAGCAGAGUCUAUACCAUUAUUGGGACAUAGGGCGUAUCUAAUCUUGCUGCAGAUGGCUGAGCGGGAGUUCAUUGAUAAGAGGGUGAUUGUAGAAACAAUCAUCUUUUAUUGCCAUUCACUAAAAUUUAGUAACUCGUUACGUGGAGGCCGUCCACUGGGUGCAGUACUUAUAAAGGAUGAUUUCGACUGAGCCGGUAGCGUUAUUCUGUAGUAGGAACGUGAUCUGAGAUGAAGGUAUUCGUAGUGUUCGCUUUGUGCUUGGCAGCCGUUGCGGCUGGUCCCGAUGAGGAAAUGUGGUUGCGUUUCAACCGUCGUAUGCCUGGUGCAUACUAUACGAUGAGACCGAUCGCAAGGGCGCCAGUAACCGGACGUGUUGUUGGAGGUGUCGAUGCCGAUAUCGAAAACUUCCCGUAUCAGCUGUCGUUGCGUCGUAGUGGAUCGCACAGCUGUGGUUCCUCAAUUAUCUCGGAUCGGUGGGCUCUGUCGGCUGCCCAUUGCACGUAUCCUACUCCGGAUGUGUCCAUUAUCACCCUCCUCGGAGGAUCGAGCAAUCGUCUGGAAGGCGGAAUUUUGUUCAACGUUGAGCAAAUCGAGAACCACCCAGCUUACGAUGACUGGAACUUGGAAAACGAUGUCUCACUUCUGCGCAGCGCAGCUGAUUUCGUAGGAGCUAACAUUGCCGUUAUUGCUUUACCCGCAGCCGAUAGCUACGUCCCAGGUGGAACCCGCGCUGUCCUAUCUGGAUGGGGUCUAACCAGUGUUCCCGGAUCGCUACCAACCAUUCUCCAGAAGGUCGAUAUUCCCGUAAUUGACCAGGAAACCUGCAUGGCCGGAUGGCCCGCUGGCUGGGUUACCGAUGAUAUGCUUUGCGCCAGUGAACCAGGACGCGAUGCCUGCAACGGAGACAGUGGUGGUCCUUUGGUCACCGGUGGAGUCCAAAUCGGUGCCGUUUCGUGGGGUGCCAGCAACUGUUUGGGCAACGAGCCUGGAAUUUACUCUCGCCUUGCUUUCCCCGUCAUCCGCAACUGGGUUACCGAGGUCAGUGGCGUUUAAGUGGAUGCUGUAGUCAGUUUAUGGUUUAAAACAUUAUGUUGCGAUUAAAACGACGUUUUGUAUCACUA